GUCAAAGCAAAGACGGCAGUUCCCCAAGCUAGAUGGUCAGGGCAGAUACAGCUUCUCAGUGGGGCUUAAACAUUGGGGACAAAGAUGUUAAAACAAACACGGAAUGUUUGUCCCCAGGGAACUGGAUGUGGUAGAGAGAGACAAGGUAGGGCCUCAGGUCUCACCUCUGGAACUCAUUUACUGGGUGACAUCUGUCCAGUCCCAAACAAGUUUGCAAAAGAUACUCAGAAUGAACAGCCACCCCUGCCUGCGCUUCGCUUUUUUCCGUGAAACUAACCAGUCCCUAAGAACCUUCCAGCUGCAGGAUGUGGGUCUAUGCCACAUGCCUGGGCAGGUGCGUGGAAACUGCGUUGUGCUGGGAUGGUCGUGGCACCUGGGUGAGAGGCAUGACUGCAGAGAGCGGACACCUGGCGGAGCUCCUGCAGCCGCCAACAAUCAUUCAGGGAAUUUGAGGCACCAGGCAGAAGAAACAAGUGCCUGGUAGGAUGUCACAGGGUAAGCCUGGCUUUCACCCCGUCGGGCCUGGGGGAGACUCACCGAGGCACCCAUGAUGAUGAAUAUGUGUGUGUCGGCCUGGUGGAAGGCAUUGCCCUGGUACAGCUCUUCCCGCAGGAUCCCGCACACCUGCGUUCGGCUCAGGGCCACCUGCUCUGCCAUGGUGUUCUCUGGUGGAAGAAAAGCUCGUUGACAAGGCGCAGGGACAGAGGAGCCUGGAGAAGGGGACCUGUGGGCUCUCACCAGGGUGAUGCCUGCUGAUGGCAGUCACUGGCUGUGCAGGGACAUCACACAGCAGGAAGGGGACCAGCUCACUCUAAUAACCUGACUCGGGCGGAAACUCGAUGACGAGCCGGAUGGGGUCAGGGUUUGCAGAUGAUGGGAGUGUGGCUCCAGCUCGAUCCCUGCCAAACUGGGCGGCCUCCCGGGGUCUCAGAGUCCUCGGCAGCCCAAAAGGAAGUCGGAAGUGGCGGUUUCCGCAGCCGGAGGAAGGAAGGGCGACCGCCGAACCGGGACUUUCUCGGAGCGCCGGGGACCUGGGAGUGCCCGUGGCCAGCUGCUCCCGCCCGUCUCACGUCGGACCAACUCUGCUGACAGGUGGCUCACAUUGCAAAGCCGUUAUUCCCUACCCGACCUCAUACUAUUUCGGUGAACUGAGGAUCAAUCGGCCGUGCCUGGCAUGUUCGAGGAGCAGCACGGAGACUGAUCGUUCUCCCGCGGUGGCUGGUUACGAAGUUGUCGCAGUAAUCCAGGCUCGGACUUGAAUGAGCAGGCCUCCUUGGAAGAACCAGCUGUGUGAGAUGGUGCAGCCCAGUGGCGGUCCAGCGGGGGACCAGGACGUGCUGGGUGAAGAGUCUUCUCUGGGGAAGCCAGCCAUGCUCCACCUUCCUUCCGAGCAGGGUGCUCCUGAGACCCUCCAGCGGUGCCUGGAGGAGAAUCAAGAGCUCCGAGAUGCCAUCCGGCAGAGCAACCAGAUGCUCCGGGAGCGCUGCGAGGAGCUGCUGCAUUUCCAGGCCAGUCAGCGUGAGGAGAAGGCCUUCCUCAUGCAGAAAUUCCAGGAGGCCAGGAAAGUGGUGGAGAAGCUGACCCUGGAGAAGCUCGACCUGAAGAGGCAGAGGGAUCAGGCCCUGCAGGAGGUGGAGCACCUGAAGAGAUGCCAGCAGCAGAUGGCCGAAGACAAGGCCUCGGUGAAAGCCCAGGUGACGUCCUUGCUGGGGGAGCUGCAGGAGAGCCAGAGUCGCCUGGAGGUGGCCAACAAGGACCGGCAAGCCUUGGAGGGCAGAGCCCGGGUGGCCAGUGAGCAGCUCCGGCAGCUGGAGAGCGAGCGGGAGGCGCUGCAGCAGCAGCACAGCGUGCAGGUGGACCAGCUGCGCAUGCAGAACCAGAGUGUGGAGGCCGCGCUGCGCAUGGAGCGCCAGGCUGCCUCGGAGGAGAAGCGAAAGCUGGCACAGUUGCAAGUGGCUUACCACCAGCUCUUCCAGGAAUAUGACAGUCACAUCAAGAGCAGCAUGGCAAGCAGUGAGCGAAACCGAGGCACCCAGCUGGAGGAUAUAAAGCAGCAGCUCCAGGAGGCCGAGGAGGCCCUGGUGGCCAAGCAGGAGCUGAUUGACAAGCUGAAGGAAGAAGCCGAGCAGCACAAGAGCCUGAUGGAGACUGUCCCGGUGCUGAAGGCCCAGGCGGAUAUCUACAAAGCGGACUUUCAGGCCGAGAGGCAGGCCCGGGAGAAGCUGGCUGAGAAGAAGGAGAUCCUGCAGGAGCAGCUGGAGCAGCUGCAGAGGGAGUACAGCAAGCUGAAGGCCAGCUGUCAGGAGUCAACCAGGGCUCUGAUUGAAGAUAUGCGGAAGCGACACGUAGAGGGCCCCCAGCCUCCUUUGCCCCCUGGUCCAGCGCACCACUCCUUCCACCUGACCCUGCUCAACCAGAGGAGGAGCCCCCCCGAGGAGCCGCCUGAUUUCUGCUGCCCCAAGUGCCAGUAUCAAGCCCCCGACAUCGACACCCUGCAGAUCCACGUCAUGGAGUGCAUCGAGUAGGGCCUCCUGCAGGCGACAAGCCCGGAGUGCCGUGGUCCGCGCUUCCCUCUCUCACCUGCCCAGCCCCGAGUCGAGGGCUAGUCCCACCCAGCAGCCCCAAGAGCCCGCCACAGGGCCCUGGGCUCCAGCUCUUCAGGGGUUGCUGCUGGUUUUCCUUUUAGGGUUUAUCGAACCCCAGUUAGGCCUGAUGUACCCCACUCUUUUGGUUUCAUUUUCUCUGCUCCAACUGAUGGCCUCUGGGGGCUGCUCCCCUCACUCUUCCACCCCCCCAGCUGGGGGCAUCAAGGAUGAAGGCCCAGAGCUCUCAGGGAGAACUGCUUCCUCUCCAGGCAGGUGGCGGGCAUCUGCUGUCUUGUUCCUGGCCAUCCAGUCCUCCAUUCUGUGGUGUCUUUAGCCAGUCCGCUCUCGAUGGGUGGUGGGGUUGUUUGUAGUGUUUCACUGGCAUAAGUGAUGCUGUGGGGAAAAUUCCCACACCUACCUAGAUCCUGUGUGUCUUUGGGCUGGACUCUGAGAAGCAGGACCUCUGAGCAUCUGUGAACGUGGUAGCUGGUGCCCAGGGGUCCCCGCCUCGGUCUGGGAGCAUCGUUUUGCACCCCUCUACCUGCUUCCCACAGCCAGGCGGGGCUGUGGUGAAACCUCGGGUCUUUGCCCCGUGCUGGGCGUGCUGUUCUCUAGUUAAGAGGAAGAUCGAGCCACUUUUCAGAGGUGUCAGGGCCACUUUUGAGCCUUUGUCUCUGGACUGCCUCUUCAUACCUUUUGCUCAUUUUUCCUCUUGGGUUGUUGGCCUUCAUUCCUUGGUUUUUGGGAGCUCUUUGCUUAUUAGUGGGAUCUGCGCUCGUUUGCGACGUCAGUUGCAAAUCUCUUUUCCCAGUUCUACUCUGCUACUAGUGUUUUGUGUUUUUUUUUCGCCUGGAAGUUUUUUGAAUUUUGUGUAGUCCCAUUUGUUAGUCUUCCCUUUCUUCGUUUUGGGGGUUGAGUUGUGGGGUUACUACCUCGUGGCCUGAUGGCAGGGAAGCUUCAGACACUUCUUGUCUCUAACAUCAGAAAGCGUGCUCAGGUCUCAGGCCUGCCUGAGGGCGCUGCCAGCCAGCGUGUAUCUUAGCACGUGCCGGAAGAUCGUGAUGCCUUUCCUGGCAGCAGCCCCACGGGCCCCUGGCCUUGCCAAUGGAAGCCAUCUGGCAACGAUUGGGAGAUGAUGAACAACAGAGGACUCUUCACCUUGUUGUUGGUUUUGUGAGGUUCCGGGCGUUUCCCAGCCAUAUCAAAGCCAUGGGCGUUAACCUGGCAGUUGUAGUAAGGAAGGAAAUUGGAAGUUAGGAGAGAAUGCAGCGUCCCCAUUCACCUCCUCCUCCCUGCCCUCCUCCCAGUCUCUUCUGGCUGGGAAGGAGAUGUGGUGCCUCCUUCCCUGGCCUUCCUUUCAGGGCCUCCUGUCUGUGCCUUCCUGCUCUCCCGGAGGACUCACUGCCAUCGGCUCUCUGGGCUUUAGGAGACAGACUGGUGGCUUGCGACCCCCUGCAGAGGCUAAGGCAGCCCUCUUGGUGUCAAACGGCGAUCAUAUCUUUUGAGAGGCUGCCACACAGCCUAGGACAGGGGCACCUUCCAGAGAGCUGCCAGCCUGAAGGCAGACACCUCCAGGAUCCAUGGCUCUGCUGGAGGGAUUCAGUCUGUGGUUGAAGGGUGGCUGCCCAGCUGCAGGGGAACACACAUGGAAAGCUGGAGUUGGGUUGCGGGGCAGGCCCUUAGCAGGUGUGGGGCAUGCUCAUCGGGAGACCUCAUCUCUAGCUGGACCCUGCGGUGAGGCCAGUGGGACAUGCAGCGGUAGACGGGGCAGGCUGGUGCGGUGGGCCUGGCCGAGCCCUGGAUCGGGGGCUGUGGGCAUGUAGGGAUGGACUUGGGGUUUCUCAGGAGGGGGACAAAGGUGGGCAGGAGCCCUUCUCUGACCAGCUCCCUCUUCUGAAAGAUGGGGAAGAAGACAGAUGGUGAGACCCUACUGUUUGAUGCGCAAGAGAAAUCCAAAUGGCCAGUAAACAGUCUGAAAGUAUUUUACCCUCACUAGUAACUAAAACGUGAAAUCAAAGGGUAAGCAAAACAGGAUGGUAAAAUAGCGACAGGUCAAGAAUGACAGCGGCCAGUUGGCAAGGUGCACAGAGCAGGCCUCAGCCUGUCGCCCUUCAGUGGAGGCCGGUUUUGGUGCCUGAACAAGAGGCUCGGGAAGUGUUCUCAGUCCUCCUAACCCUGAGACAAUCAGACACACGCACUGACUCCUGUGCUGUGUGGGUGCUCGCGGCACCCUUAUCGCCGGCAGCUGGAAGGCCGAGCAGAGAGAUGAGGCCACAGAGCUGGACCCUGGGGGCCCGCCCAGCCAGCAUUCUGAACCCCUUGCUACCUGCAUGUUACGGUGUGUUGAAUGAAAAAGCCAGGAGACAAAAUUGUAUACCAAGUGUGACCCCGAAUCUUGUGUCUCUCUAUGUAAAAAAGUAAAAGCUGCAAGUGCACACACUGCUAAGGUUUGGAUGUGUAUGAAUGGUAAUUAAAAAUUUUCCUUACAUAUUUA